AGUGAAGCGAUUCCAAUCAGUUCUGUUGGGUGAUCGUAAGCGGAUGGUGUGUUGUGUUGUGUGAUCCGCUUCGAAAGAGUUGAAUGACCACGAUGCUGAAGUUGUACAUGUUUCUAUCUAUCCUAUUAUCUUCCUUCGACUUCGGAUACGUGGCUCCAGCUUUCGGUGAUGCCUUUCACGUGGGUACGGAGGAAAGGUUCGAUUUUUCCAACAUAGUACUGGUUGGAAACGCCAAAAAUGCAUCUGCUUCAUUUGGAUACCGAACCCAAGCGGUUAUUAUAAUAGGAUCAGUAUGGGGAAACGAUGAGACAAAAUUGUUGAAACUACAGAUUCAAAAUCCUUCACUCGUUAGCAUUCCCGAUGGAAAUAUUGGAAAAAUUGAUGGAAUGGAAUCUCCGUUCUAUGCGUGGUGGAAUUUGGGUCGAAUUAGAGGAAUCUACUUUGUACCAUCAGACACGGUUCCGGUGAGAAAUAUGAAGAAGGGCGUUUCCGCAUUAUUCCAAUAUCAGCUGUUAGAUGGAACAUACUCUGAGGAAGAUCCUUCAGGAAGGUGCGAAGCGAAGUACAUAUCUCACUCUUCCACACGGUACCACAAAUCAAAGGGAAACUGUCAAUUUGAUGAUAAGCGAAUGGAAUGGACCGAAUAUGCUUUGCGUAGUAAUCUCAAGACUUCACGAAGUACGGACUUUACUGUGUCUACCGAAGGCUCAUUGCAAAAAGUGAAGAGUCAGGACUAUGUGAAAUAUUUGCUUAAUGCACACAACCAAUUCGGAGCAUACUACGAAUCUAUUAUGGAGCUGAACGUACUAGGAACCGCCCAGAAAAUAUCAACAGCGGAAGGAUCAAGCUUAGAGACGAUUGUUAAACAGCUGUCUUUAGAAGGAGAAACGCUUUUAACGCAAGAGUUCCAAACACCAUGCAAAGCUAACAAUUGCGAAAGCAUUAUCGGUCUAUUCAAACGGUACAAAACGUCUCUUACCAAUGAAAAUGUCGGUAAAGAAGCAUCUGCUACUGCACUGGUUGAUAUGGUUGAGGUUGCGCGUCAUGCUAAGAAAGAGGAUUUGCUGCGUUUGCUGAAGGCAAAGUCAUCACAUGAAAUUAAAGGACAACUGUUAGAUCUACUGGGUGCGAUACAAACGAUAGAUUCACACGAGGCGGCGAAAACCGUAUUUCUAGACGGGGCUGAUGAUGAUAAAAUGUUGCUUGGCGAACGCUACCUGCAAGCACUGGCCGUUGGCACAAGGCCGCAGAAGAAAAUCAUUGAAGAUCUUUUGAAAAUGGCCCAGAAAGAGCAUGAAAAUGUAAAAUUUUUCGAUAGUCUCAUUCAGAGUUUGGCAGCAAUAACGCGUCGAUAUGCACAAGUGGAAGGAAACUCGUAUGAAACCGAAAUUGUAAAGAAAGUGACCGCAUUGUUGCAAGAAAAGCUAAACGAAUGCGUACAUGACAACUGUAAGUUAAAGUAUAUACGUGGAUUGCAAAACCUCAAAUGUCCCAGAACGGUCGAUAUUCUUUUGAAGCUCGCACAGGGAUCAUCUAAAACUGUUAGUGUAGCUGCAAUGAAAGCUUUGCGAUCAUUCUCGGUCUACCUUUGGAACGACGAGUUCAGAGCCAGAUUUGAGGAUAUUUUCUUUCAGGUAUCGAAACGGUACGAUUCCAGUGCACGAACGUUGGCGCUAGAUAUUUUGUUGGAUUUGAAACCAGAUCGCGAUGAGCUAUCACAUUUGGUACAGUUUUUGAAAUCCAGCGACAAGGCGUAUGAAGUAAAACAAUAUUUGCUACAGAAGCUACGGAUGAUCGCAGACCAAUGUUCCGAAUUUGGCACAAUGCUGAAGAGUAUUGUCGAAAGUGAUCCAGUACUGAACAAUUACCACAUCCUCGCCCCUAGAGGGCUGUCUACGGCGUUGAGUCGUAAAUUUUCUACAGCCCCUUCGUUUAAUGCUUCUCUCACGAGUUUGCAAGAGAUGAGCGGAGGUGUUUUGAAACGAGGUAUCGUUGACUUAACGCUAGACGUAGAUGAUGAGAGAACAAGCCUGUUUACCCUCGGACUAUACGCCGGUGGAAUGUCAUCGUUUGUCAGCAGUAAUGAUGCGGAUGCAAGCGAUGCCGACGAAGAGGAAGAAACAACGGCAGGAAUGGAGCUAUCGGUACAAGGUAUAGCUAUGAGGCCGUUAGAAUUUUUCAACGGAAAGGGUGAACUGAUGGGUCACGUUUGGAGCGGUACAGCAUCCGAGGCGACCCCGGCUUACCAGGCGAUCACAUUAUUGCAGGACAACGAAGAACGAUUUUCUUCUCAUAACGGUGUAACGUUAGCGCUCCGUGCCACCGGCGCUAUAUCGAUAGAUCUGAAUGGACAGGUUACAAUGAGCCUCUGGGGUCGUAAUGCCCAGUCCAAAGUGGAGCAAAACACUGGCAUUAGCAUGAUCGGUCGACUAUCGUUCGAUGCAUCCUUCGCGACAGUGGAUGUACGGUUUAGCGCGGAACAGGAACCACAACUGCAUUUGACAUCAGCUCUAGACUUUUCCGGAGAUCCAGCUCUGUGCAUGCAGCUAGUACAGCCGAAGAGUUCGCUCAAACAACGGUUUGUGCGAACGAUAAAAUUAGUUGGUACAGAGCACCGAGCGUCACGCAAAACGAUCAAAACAGUAAAGUUAAACGGGUUAACGCAUGCGCUCAACAGGAAAAACAAUGAAAUGUGUAAUCUAAUUUCCAAAAGCUGAUAUGAUUCAGG